UAUUCUUCGCCCCCUCAUCUCCUUCCCUCUCUAAAUGACACAGCCCCCGUGCUCCGUUACACCUCCGGCCAUAUUCUCCUAAGAAUGAUUAUUCCGAACUUUCUCUCUGUUUUUCUCCCUGCGGGGCAUUUUUCCGGGGCCUCAACUUUUCUGGCGUGUCAUCAUUUCUGGAGUUAACGCGGCAGAGUCAUCCGAGGCGACCAGAGCUCGCUCAUAUCUGGAUUCUUUAAAAAAAAAAAAAAAAAAAAAAAAACCCCACACACACACAUACACUCAGUUUAACAGCCCAGGAAAUGCAGCGUUUUCUAUAACCCGGAGGUACCACUUCUAAACUGAACGAGCGGGGAAGAGCUGCCAGAAAUGUGCAACAAGAAAUGACGACGCCAUGGAAAUGAACAUUUUCAGCCCUGGGAUGUUUAUGUUAACGCAGAGCCUGGUCUGAUUCAGCUCCUCCUCAUCAAAAUGAUGUUUUCUCCUCUCUCUCUGUCUCAGGAUGAGUUCCAUCCGUUCAUUGAGGCUCUGCUGCCCCAGGUCCGUGCCUUCGCCUACACAUGGUUCAACCUCCAAGCCAGGAAAAGGAAGUACUUCAAAAAACAUGAGAAAAGGAUGACUAAAGAAGAAGAGAGAGCGGUUAAAGAUGAACUGCUGGGAGAGAAGGCAGAGGUGAAACAGAAGUGGGCCAGCCGUCUCUUGGCCAAGCUAAGAAAGGACAUCAGACCUGAAUGCAGAGAAGACUUUGUCCUGUCAGUCACCGGGAAGAAAGCUGCGUGCUGUGUCCUAUCAAACCCUGACCAGAAAGGCAAAAUGAGACGCAUAGAUUGUCUUAGACAAGCUGACAAGGUGUGGAGGUUGGACCUGGUGAUGGUCAUCCUGUUUAAAGGAAUCCCACUGGAAAGCACAGAUGGAGAGCGGCUUGUGAAGGGAGGCCAGUGCUCCAAUCCAGUCCUCUGUGUCCAACCUCGACACAUCUCUGUCUCUGUCAAAGAGCUCGACCUUUACCUCGCUUACUAUGUACAAGAGAGAGAGGCAGAGCAGAGCAGCAGUCCCAGUCGUACAGGAGUGGGUUCUGAUCAGGAGGACAGUCGAACCACGACCAUGGAUGGUCCAGAGUUCCAGGAGAGUUUUGUGACAUCGGGAGUUUUCAGUGUCACUGAGCUGGUCCAGGUCUCAAGAACUCCGGUCAUCACAGGAGUAGGACCUAGCUUCUCUGUGGGGGAGCUCCAGGGUCAUCUGGCCUAUGACCUCAACCAGUCUGUUAACCAGUCAGUCAACCAGCCAGUCAGCCUCAGACGAUCACUGGCCAGCACCUCAUCCAGCGGGAGUAAGCGUCAUAAGUCUGGCUCUAUGGAGGAGGAGGCUGACAGUCCAGGAGGGGAGUAUUACCACUCACCUUCCUCUCCUGCCAGCAGCUCCAGGAACUGGACUGAUGACAUGGAAGGAGGUCUGUCUCCUCCAGUGAAGAAGGCAGAGCUGGACAGUCCGUCUCCCCAGGAAGACUCACCGAGACUGGGCUCCUUCACUCAGCACCAUCGGCCAGUCAUAGCUGUUCACAGUGGUCUGUCUCGGAGUGCCCACCCAUCUUCAUCUCUUCACUUCCCAUCCUCUUCCUACUUCCCCCACGGAGCCAUCCGCUAUCCUCCUCACCUGGCCCAGGACCCCCUAAAAGAUCUGGUCUCAUUGGCCUGCGACCCUGCCAAUCAGAACCCCAGCUCACUGAAUGGCAGCAACCAGAUUAAAGUGCCCAGUCACUACAUCUCCUCUCAGAUGUUGGCACCUCCUGGACCAGCAUCCUCCCUGGCUCCUCCAGCAUCCUCCCUCCCCAGGCCGACACUGCCUGCAGAGUCAAAGGCCACUACCACCUCCUCUGAUGGGGGAGCAAACUCCCCCACAUCACCCACGUACUCGGCCCCUGGGACCCCCCCUGCCAAUCGCUCCUCCUUUGUUGGAGUCACCCCUCGAGACCCAGGUGGACUCUACCAAGCCCAGUCUUGGUAUCUGGGCAACUGAGUGAACUCUGGAGGAAGGGUGAUUGUCAUGGCAGUACUGUCCUGGAGGAAAGGAAACAAUGUUGUCAAGACAUUGCCAGAGGAAAAAUAUAUUCAGCUUUGUAGAAGCAUACCGUGUGGCCAUACACAUAUGUAAAUACACGGCGAAAUCUAUUUCCAUAUGUGUAUGCUCCCAGAAGAGACAGCCUGGAUGGAAGACGUCUGCUGCUCUCACUCAGCCAUUUUGCAGCCCCAGAAUGUACUAUGCUAUAUGACACUAAAUGGUUCUCACAAAUGGCCACUGACGUGAGUCAUGAUUUUCAUGUGAAAGCAAUGGAUUGAAGCAGAUGUCUGGUUGGUCCGGAUGAACUGCAGACUAGAACCAGGCCUCACCACACCAGAUCCUGAGAAGCCUAUAACCGAACUGUGUCCCCAGGACGAGGCCUGUUUCCCUGGGAUGGAUGUCAGCCUUUACCCCUGCACCCUGGUUCUCUACUCUAAGUCCAGGUUAAGGCCUCUUCCCUGGGACAGACACAGACCUCAUCCCCCUCUCAACACCCAGAAUGCCCCCUCCGCUGCAGGUGCUGCUUAUAAUAUAUGCAAAUAAGCCUCCCUUAUUUUCUGAACCAACUAGAAAGAGAGAUCUUGUUGUUAAUAUGUAAGUUUCUUUGCACUUUUUUGAUAUGUUAUUGAUACGUCUGAAGAAAAUUAGGAGUUGAAAGACGCAGUUUUUUUUUUCUCUCUUCCCACCAAAAGACCGAGGCUUUGUCUUUUUUAUUGACAAUCAUCAGCCUGAAACCAUUAAGUUGCUUUGCGAAGCUCAUGUUUUUAAGACUGAUUGUGCUUUUUUUUUUUUUUUUUUAAAUCAGAUAACAACGAGUAAUAGUGGAAUAUAAGAGCUAUAUUCAUGCCUCCUCGAACACAACACACAAUGCUACAGUUGGACACCAGUAUAAAGUAACCUGAAACACUGGGCCUUUGAAGUACAGAGGCACGGUGUCUUUAGCAGAGGGCAUCUCUUAACAUGAAUAUCCUGCUGCUUCCUUCCCUUCAAAUGCUGAUCAUUUUGUCAUGACAGUACUUAUCCAAAUGGCCAAAGACACAAUGUUUGGAGGAGACAUGCACCUGCCAGAAGGAAAUGGCUGAGUAGAAUCGAGAAAAGACAGAGACACACUAAAACCAGGAUCAUGUGGCAGCACAGCCGGCUGCAGACUGGCUGCUGAACCCAAUGUGUUUUGAAACUGUAGCAUGUGGUGUAUGUGUGUGCGUGUGUGCGUGCGUGCGUGCGUGUCAGUAUGUGAAUGCGGUUAGUGCAUUUCCACACUCAUCCCUGCUCUGUUUUGAGGAGAUGUUGUGUAGAUUGACGGGUUUUGUACUAGUAGGUAGAUUAGAAAGAGAUACAACAGGUGUUGCACUAUGAUUGCGUUCAAAUUCCUUUUUGAGAAACGUGCGGUGAUGUGGCGUGUUCUCAAGCUGGAGGGCUGUAGUUUGUUUUUCUUGAAGUCGUCGAUGCUUAUGACAACAGGUCAUGUGCAUACGGGCUUAAACUGAGCACAAAACCCAGGUUACUUGUCCAGCUCUAGAGUGAUUGGUGGUCUGGAAGGUGUCCCUGACAGGUUCUGUACUGUGUAGCUCAACCUCAACCCAACCUGAACAGUCUGAGGUGGAACAGAAGCAGUAAGGAGGGGUUGGGUUGGGUUGGAGCUGAGGCUGGACUGAGCUGGAGACAGAUGAACAGACAGACAGACAGGUUAGCCACAGUGCUAGGUUUGGUUUCAGGUCAAACCUUGAUGGUUUACCAAUGGCAACAAGCAACUCAAGUAUUUAAAACCAGAGUUCAUAGGUCAUGAGAUUUUCUGUGCCCAGUCUUGACACAAUAUUUGCAUUAUGACUGUGCUUUAGAGAGGCAAAGCAAUAUCCUAUGGCUGAAUCUCCCAGCUUCAUUUAGUCUAUAAUCUUUUGAAAGGCAUUUAAUAGCUUCAAAUCUUACACGCAUUUCAACUUUGAUUAGAUUCUUCUUAAAUAUUGGACAAAUUUAGCGUUGAAUAAAAUCCAAACGUUAGGUAACAAAGAGCGAGGUGUCGCUUCAGGGGACAGGAACAACUCCACCGUGUAUGUGUAGUUGUGAAAGGUUUGAAUGCAGAGGCAGAAAAAUAAAAUCCAGAAUAAACUUAAACUUCAGUGUAUCACCAUUGAUAUUUGUAUGUAAAAUUCAAUUUAAACGCCAAACACAAUAGUGGGAGAUAUGUCCUACACCGUCUCACAGGAGGUGAAACACUGAAUAUAUAUGAGAUUUUUAGAAACUGAUAUUUUAUAAUUGGUGCCAUAUUUUAAUUUCUGAGGCUUUGCUACUAUAAAGCAGUCUAUUUAAGUUUGUUACCUGGGGUUGUAUUUAGUUAAAGAACUGGUGUUUCUGUGUUGGGGUAUGAUCAGAUUGAAUGCCGAGCGAAUUUUCGCCUCACGUUAUUCCCAUGAAUUUGAGCUUGCACUUUCUGUGGAAAACUAGACAGAGAAAGGUCAAAACAUUAUUCUUUCACUUGCUAGUCUGCAGCGGUUUGUGUCUUUAACGUUAUCUUUGUGAUCUCGCAGGUGUCCUCUAUCUGCCUGGAAAGCUAAAAUGUUCUCCAAGGUCAGAACCAAAGUUUAAUAUCUCUGACCCCCGCCGUGGUCUGAGCAGUGGAACCUAAUGUACAUCCAGUGAAGAGGAGGAGUAGAUCAGACAUUGGUUUUGCUCUGGGGAAAAACAUUUUUAUCAUUCCAGGCAGGAAGCAGACAGAUGUGUGGGAUCGCAAAACAAUACCUUUGAAGAUGGAGCUGAGAUAACGUUUUGACUUUUACCCUCAGGUUCACAGAGUAGCAUUCACAGUCUGUGGUGAAGUCACAGACAGAGCUACCCAAAAACUGGUGUACAGACUGUACACACCCUCCCAGGCCUCCUCUUUUUUUUUUUUCUCUUGUGUCUUUGUGUUUAUACAUUUUUUAGUUUUACAGAAGGUGACACAUUUCCAGCUCACACAGAGGUGCCUCCACAUGGAGCUCCACUCUGUCACACUGCAUGGAAAAUUCGCUUCGUGUUCAGUCUGACCACAGGUGUCUGUGUCUUUUCCUUUCCCAGGGUUUGGGGUUAAAGUUGACAACAGUCAGUGCCUACUAGGGGUUCAGAUUUUCUACUGAAGGUGCUGAUACGAGCUGGGUUUGGUAGGGGAAGGUUUAAAGUUUGGUUAAAAGUUGGCUUGAAGCUGAUGUAUACUGCAUGGUGCUGCCCUGGUCGCUGUGCUGACCUGAAGAAUGCAUGGCUCAAACUAAUGAUACCUCUCCCUCUCAAUCCUGCUCUUCCUCCUACUCCUCCCCUUCCUCCCUCUGGACUCUGUUCUCUACAUCAGAGGGCAGUGGAUGGAAGGGUUAUCUGUUUCUUUGAAUUUUAAUAAUUGCCCUGUUGUUAAACUUCUAUUUUGCACGAUAUAUCAUAAAACACAUUAUGUGCCUUGCCUUUAGUUAAAGAACAAUAAUACAUUAUGGAAAAGUGAUCAUACUUUUCAUGGUACAGCUGGUAGCAUUUAAAAAAAAAAAAAAAAGCUGCAUGUGUGAUUGCUUGACAUUAACCAGUGUAGCAGGUAGA